CGCGCGUCUUGCGUUGCCUAGCUCGCUCGCAUCGGUUUAACUUGACGAAGCGUGCGUGCGUAUACCGGUGCGGCCGGUGCGUACGUGGGAACGAUGGCCAGUUUCCGCCACGCUCGCGGCGCGCUGCACGCCACCACCACCACGACACUCCUCCCGUUUCCCCACCGCCCACCACUCCCCACCACGACGACGACGACACCGACUCCUCCUCCUCCUCGUGCAACCCGCGGCCUACAUAUACGCUCCUCCGCAUCGCACCACCGGCGCUACCACCACCACCACCAGCACCACAGCUCGCUGCCGAUCGCCACCCGGCGGCUGCUUAGGCCGCGGCGCCGCGGGCGGGAGGUGGUCGUGAUCCGGCGCUGCUGCGGCGCCGCCCGUGAACCGGCCGACGACGACGCCGACAUGGCGUCCGCCGACGGCGCCGCCGCCGCGGAGCCGCUGCUCGGCGGCGGCCGUGGCAGUAAGGGAGGAGGAGGAGGUGGCGAGGAGGAGAUCAUCAGGGCGCGGUCGUCGUCGUCGUCGUGGCUGGGGCGCGUGGUGGACAGGGAGGAGGCGUGGGCGCAGACGCAGUUCGCCGUGCCGAUGGUGCUGACCAACAUGUCCUACUACGGCAUCCCGCUGGUGUCCGUCAUGUUCUCCGGCCACCUCGGCGACGUCCACCUCGCCGGCGCCACGCUCGGCAACUCCUGGGCCACCGUCACCGGCUACGCCUUCGUCACCGGCAUGAGCGGCGCCCUGGAGACGCUGUGCGGGCAGGCGUACGGCGCGCGGAUGUACCGGAUGCUGGGCCUCUACCUGCAGUCGUCGCUGGUCAUGUCGGCGGCGGUGUCCGUCCUCAUCGCCGUGCUCUGGUGCUUCACGGAGCCGCUGCUGCUGCUGCUCCGGCAGGACCCGGAGGUGUCCGUCGCCGCGGCGGCGUUCGUGCGCGCCCAGGUGCCCGGCCUCUUCGCCUUCUCCUUCCUCCAGUGCCUCCUCCGGUACCUGCAGACGCAGUCCGUCGUGGCGCCGCUCGUCGUCUGCUCCGUCGCGCCGUUCCUGCUCCACGUCGCGCUGGCGCACCUGGCGGUCAACGUGCUCGGCCUCGGCCUCGCCGGCGCCGGGGCCGCCGUCUCCGUCACCUUCUGGGCCUCCUGCCUCAUGCUGCUCGCCUACGUGCUCCGGUCCGAGAAGUUCGCCGAGACGUGGAGCGGGUUCUCCGCGGAGGCGUUCGACUUCGUCCUGCCCACCGUCAAGCUCGCCACGCCCUCCGCCGUCAUGGUCUGCUUGGAGUACUGGGCGUUCGAGCUCCUGGUUCUGAUCGCCGGCUUGCUCCCGAAUCCCACGGUGAGCACCUCGCUGAUCGCCAUGUGCUCGAGCACGGAGGCCAUUGCUUACAUGAUCACGUACGGGUUCAGCGCCGCCGUGAGCACGCGGGUGUCGAACGAGAUCGGGGCCGGGAACGUGGAGGGGGCGAAGAACGCGGUGACGGUGACGCUGAAGCUGUCGGUGUUCCUGGCGGCGACGUUCGUGCUGCUGCUGGGGCUCGGCCACGGCCUCUGGGCGGGGCUCUUCAGCGGGAGCGCCGCCAUCGUGGCGGAGUUCGCCGCCGUGACGCCGCUGAUGAUGGCCUCCAUCCUGCUCGACUCCGCGCAGGGCGUCCUGUCGGGCGUCGCCAGGGGCUGCGGCUGGCAGCACCUCGCCGCCGUCACCAACCUCGUCGCCUUCUACUUCGUCGGCAUGCCCCUCGCCAUCUUCUUCGCCUUCAAGCUCCACUGGUAUACCAAGGGAUUGUGGCUGGGUUUGAUCUGCGGGCUGACAUGCCAGACGUGCACGUUGAUGGUGAUCACCAGCCGCACCAAAUGGUCCAAGAUCGUGGAGGCGAUGCAGGAGAAGAAGGCCAGCUACCUCGCUUAGUUUAUAGUUUUAAAUGUAGCUGCUGCGUGCCUGCCUAGCUUUUGUCUGUGGAUCAUCGUAUCGAGUCGCGGAUUGGAUAUGAUCAUGAGCAUCUCUGAAGCCUGAAGGCAACAAGAUUUUUUUCUUUCUUUCUUUGUUUUUUUUUUUUUUUGGAGCUGGCCUGUUAGAGACGCGCGCGCGAGUGCGAACGGAUUGCUGAACUACGGUUUCUUCUGAUGAUGAAAUGGACGAACGGUUUACUGUAUUUUUGAGAUGGUGAACAGCAUUGUGAAAAAAGGAAAAUAGACACAAACGAUGUGUGUACAUUGAUGAUGGAAAUUGCUAGUCCAAAAUGUUUAA